AUGGAAAAAACUCCAAAAAUUGCCACCUACACAUCACCUCAGAUUCAAAAAGAAAUUCUACAUGUUAUUUCAACCAAAGUGAAGAAGGCAAUUAGGGAAGCAAUUGGUGAUGCAAAGUUUUGCAGAUUGGUUGAUGAAGCUCAUGAUGAGUCCAUGAAAGAGCAAAUGGCUGUGAUUUUAAGAUAUAUUGAUACAAAUGGCUUUGUGCGAGAACGGUUUUUUGGGAUUGUUCAUGUUGUUGACACUGCAGCAGUAACCCUUAAAAAGGAGAUAUAUUAUUUGUUCUCUAAUUAUUGCUUAGAUAUCCAAAACAUUUGGGGGCAAGGAUAUGAUGGUGCAAGCAACAUGCAGGGAGCAUCAAAAGAAGUUGUCCCUCUUAAUAGAUUUUUCACUAAAUUGAUUUUGGUUAUCAAUAAUAUUCGUGCUUCAUGCAAACGUAUUGAGCAAUUAAAAAUUGCUAGAGCUUCUGACAUUGCAUAUUUGAUUGAUAUUGAAGAGCUUGAGACUGGGAAAGGACUUAAUCAGAUGGUCACUUUACAGCGACUUGGAGAUACUCGUUGGGGUUCGCAUUAUAAAUCAGUUUCUAACUUGAUAAAGUUGUUUAGUCCAACAUGUGAAGUUCUACUGAAAAUUAUGUAUGAAGGAAAUUCUUCGCAAAAAGUAGAAACAGAAUCCGCUUAUGAGAUAAACUUUGUCAAGCUUUGCAAAACCAAUUUGCAAGACAUUUUAAAUGCUACACAUUUAGUUUCAUCCACUAAAAAACUUAUUCAACAAUUUAGAGAUGAGAAAUGGGAUGACUUACUAGCUACUAUGAUAUCAUUUUGUAAGGAACGUGGUUUAGAUGUCCCUGAUAUGAAUGCUCGUUAUGUUGCAAGGUUUGGUCGAUCUCAUCAUCAACAAGAGGACUUUAGAAAUGAGCAUUAUUAUAAAGUAGAUAUUUUUAAUGCAGGAAUAGAUUCUCAAUUACAGGAACUAAAUCAUCGGUUUAGUGAGCAUACUAUAGAGUUACUUACGCUUAGCUCAGCACUAGACCCUCGAGAGGCAUAUGAAUCUUUUUGA